AUGGAUCGAGGACGGCAACCACAGAAGCCGGUGCGGAUCCUGCAGAAGCCACCAGAGGAGAAGAAGGAGCAGGCGCCGGAGCCAAGCUCCCCGGAGCCCAGGGCGGAGGACGCCGGCAAGGGCAAGGCCAAGAGCAGGUCGAAGCGCGGCCGCAACCGCGGGGUGCGGGCCCACGACGAGGACUCCGACGCGGAGUGGUCUGAGGCCUCCGAGUCUGCAGAGGAGAAAGAGAAGGAGACUGGCUCCCAGGAGAAUGUCCUGGUCAUCUCCUCGGAGGAGGAGAAUUCCGACGUGGCUCCGACCAAGGGCAAGGGCAAAGGCAAGAACAAGGGCAAGGAGAAGGGUAAGGAGAAGGGCCAGGAGAAGGGCCAUGAGAAGGGCCAGGAAAAGGGCUUGGCAAAGGGCCAGGAGAAGGGACAAGAAAAGGGCAAGGAGAAGGGCCAGGCCAAGGGCAAGGAGAAGGGUAAGGACAAGGCCCAUGAGAAGUUGAAGGAGAAGGGCCAGGAGAAGGGACAGGAGAAGGGACACGAGAAGGGCGGCAAAGACAAGGGCAAGGGCAAGGGCAAAAAAGGCUGGGUGAAGGUCGAGCGCGAGCCAGCGGAGGAGGAGGAGCCGGAGGAAGAGGAGACCCAGGUGCGCGAGAAGGCGCGGAAGCUCAUGGAGUCCCGCGCGGCCGCCCGGGCAGAGGCGGAGAGGCAGCGCCAGCUGCUGCGGCAGAAGGCGGCGCGGGGCCUCGGUGCCUCGGUGCCACUCGGUGCCGUGUGA